AAAGUAAAACUGUUUAUUAAUAAAGCAAGAUACCCGCAAAGCACAGGAAAAGAAAGAAAAUUGAACAUUUCACCCCAUCCCCACCUCGCUGAGAGGUAAAGAUGGCAGCUGCCCUUGUUUGUCUCUGGGAAGGGGGAGAAAAGAGUUUGUGAAGCAGCCUGGGAACCUGUUGGAUUUCUGGCAUGGGUCUUCUCCUCACAGCAGGUGAAGUUGGUGGACUUUAAUGUCCCUUUUUUUACUGGUCUUUCUGGGGUUUGGCCUGGCCAGGGCCGCCCCUGUGGGCUCCUCGGGCCAAAGAAAAAAAUGAACCAAAGCAGCUCAAGGAAAGAAAAAACCAAAAAUCUUCCAAAAGGAUUUGUUGGUGAAAAGCCUCCAGGCCAGGGGAAGAAAAAAAACCAAAAACAAACAAAAAAACAAAGAAACUCCAAAACAAAAACCCCACCCAGAAGCUUCUUGCCUAAAUUGGCGAAAAUUAAUCCAGCAAAAGCAAUGAAAUAACAGUCCCUGUAGCUGCUGACCAUGCCAGAGAGAGCUUGAACAGAGCCCGUGCCUGGGGCUCCCAGGCUCUGGCCCUUCCCACUGGUUCAUGUUAAAGAUACCACAGACAUUUCUGGGCAUAAACCGGAUUAUUAGGGAAUAAAGUAUCAUCACAAAAUGACCCCAACACCUGGCCUGGCAGCACACAAACAGCGCCGAGCAGCACCUGCUGUGCCUGAGCUCAGGUGCCAUGGCAAACUCACGGCUCUCUCUUCUUCCUCUGGGUGUUUCUCCGGGCUCUGCUCAACCUGACGGGACACCCCAACCCCAACCCUGGCCAAGGGCAGGAAGGUCAUGCUGCCCUGCAGCUUCUCCCCAGGGCAGCAUGCACAGGACAUGGAGGUGACCUGGUUUUGGGAGCAGUUCUCCCCCUUUGUGCAUCGCUACAAGGGGAGACAGGACCAGUAUGGGGAGCAGAUGCUUCAAUACCAAGGGCGUAAUGAGCUGCUGAAGGAUGGCCCUGCCCAGAGCAGCACACACUUGAACAUUUUCCAUGUCCAACUCUCUGACAGGGGAGAUUACACCUGUUUUGUUCAACAUGGCUUAGAUUACGUCAAGGCUGUGGUAGAGUUCAAGGUGACAGCCAGUGGCUCUGCCCCAUACGUCGAGGCUGGGGGAUCCGGGUGUCCUGCAGCUCAGCCAGCUGGUACCCACGGUCUCCGGUGCUGUGGCAAGAUUCCGUGGGUGGCAGCUCCCGUCCCACUGGGAAGACACUACCCUUCACCUGCAGUGAACAUGGUUCUGGAUCCAGACACAGCCCACUGGGACCUUGUCCUGUCUGAUGAUGGCAAAAGUGUGAAUGAGGUGACAUAACAGGACAUCCCUGCCAUCCCUGAGAGAUUUAACCCAUGCUGCUGCGUGCUAGGCUCUGACAGCUUCACCUCAGGGAGACAGUAUUGGGAAGUGAAGGUGAUGGAUACAGGAAGAUGGGCCAUGGGAGUCUCUACAGAAGAUGUGAAAAAGAAGGAUGAUAUUGAAUUUAAGCCAGAGAAAAGUAGCUGGGCAGUGGGGCUGUUGGCAGCGUACUUCCUAGCUCUCACCUCUCCCGAUCGCACUCUCCUUCCUGAAAUCAGUACUCCCAAACAGAUCUGGAUCUGUCUGGAUUAUGAAGAGGGAUGGGUAGCAUUUUUCAGUGUUGACGAGGGUGCUUCCAUCUUCACAUUUCCACUGGUAUUGUCUGAGAGAAAAACAAUCCACUUUUGGUUCUAUCUGGGUCUUGGGGCCUCUCAAAAUAUGACUGUGAUGAAUGGGAGGGAGUGAGAUAAGGCUUUUCUAGGAGAACUUGGUAGUUCAUACUCACAGAAGGAUUGAGGUUAGAAGGAACCUGUGGAGGUUUCUGUGGCAACCAGCUGCUCAGAGCUGGGUUAACCUGAGGGCUGUGUUAGGUGUUUUUGGACCUUGUUCAGCAGAGCUGUGUUGG